UCUCCUUUGUACCUUUCCAACAGUAUCACAAGAAAAGUAAUUGCCAACUGAAGAUGUUCAGGUUUUUCGUACUAGCUACUGCCUUAACAACGAUCUCAGCCUCAGGAUCUAAGCAGCAGAAGAAUGAACCCGUAGUUCUUGAACCCUUUCCAGAUGGCUCUUACGUUUCUUACAGUCACUUCGAUGAAAACAGCGUAGGCGGACAUGGACAUGGAGGCGGCGAUUAUGAUACUGGCAAAGCAACUGGUGCUGAAUUGGCUAGCCUUGCUCACUCGUCGGCUGUUCAAGCAAACAACGCAGUUCAGAGUCAACACACAGCGGGUAGCCAAGCGGCAUUUGGUAUCAAAAGUAGUUUAGCUAGUGCUGCAUAUGGGGCUGCUCAAGCUGCCCAAGCUGCCUUGGUCGGCAAACAAGCCCUAGCAGGUAGCAUAAAGCGACAACUCGCGGAAGCUCAGCAACAGCUCCAAGGUGAAAUAGCUCAAUAUCAACAAACUCAAGCUACGGCCCAAGCUGCUGAGAAUACUGCUCAUCAAGCCCAAUCCCAACUUAGUGCCUUAACAGCAGCCGUAACUGCUGCCCAAGCGGGCGCUCAGCAAGCGAGCCAAGCCGCCGCCGAAGCCGCACAAGCAGCAGCUGCUCAGCAUGCUAUGGUAGUGGAAGCUAAACAGCGCAUAAGUCAGUUAUCGGCCCAGCUUCAAAACUGUUUGGCCGAUUUACAUCAAACAGAAGCCGCAGCACAGAAAGCAGCUGCGGCAGCUCAUCUUGCACAAUCAAAUGCUGCGGCAGCUGGUGCAGCUGCCGCUGGACAUGGUGGACAUGGUGGUAAAGGAUAUGGAGGAUUCGGUUCCGAUUAUCAUCAUUAGUGUUUAGAGUUUAGAGUUUAUUUUUUUAUAUUUUUUUAUGAUGUUUUUUAUGUUUUUUAUACUAUGCUUUCAUAAUAAAAUCUUACGAAAAUAA